AAAUGGGGAGGCCACUGGGGAGACUUCCUCAUCAUCUUCGACGCGAUGCGACUCUGCGUCUUCGGCUUCCUCUGAUGCCGAUGCAGCAGUGGAAAUUGGAGAUGAUAAGGAUGCGCAAAAACUGGCGGCAGCCGCUGCACGAGUGUAUGACCCGCAUAUUUACUACAACACAGCAUGUCUGUGCAUACUACCUAACUACAAGUAGGGCUAGUUGUGGUAUGAGUUGUUGUAUCAUGUAAGUAUAUUCUUACACCUGAAGAACAUUUUACAACUGGCGCAUAAUGAAUUUCAUUUUGAAGCUUAUAGAAGAACGAUCGACUAGGACUAUAUGCUAAGUAGAACGACAACAGAUUAUGUUGAAGGGAACGCAUCUACUUCAUUUUCUUCGAAAGCGACUGGCGAUGCUGAAGAAACUGAGACAUCCACAUAUCGAAACUCUUUGCGACUGGCACGAGAGCCUUACGGAGUACCAGCUGAUCUACGAAGAAAACCCAGGAGGAGAACUGCAAGACUUUGUCUUAUGAGAAAAAAGUUUCUACCUGAAUCAGAAACUUACUAGUACAAAUAGGAGACAGCAAAAGCGACGAUGUUGUUUUUAGCACUGAAGAUGGUCUAGUAACUAAUAUAACCGUUGAAACAUUCAUGGUGCUGUCCCGGGUUAGCAUCUACUUAGAAACUUGAUUUGCAAGGAGUCGUACUUGUAAUUGUAGUGAGUGUGAUCGUACUAGUACUAACUACGUAGAUGUGAGUUGUGUGUGUGUGUGUGUCGGCUGCUUUCAUGUCUUGAAAAGGUCACAGGAAGCUCGCGAUCUUGGCUGCAAGAACAGACGGCCGCGCUGUACAUACGACACCUCUUGCAAGCACUCGCUUGCCUGCAUUCUCUUACGCUUGAGACUGCUUAGUGCUCAUUUUUUUUAACGCAAAUAAUGCUCCUACUUGUUAUAAUUACUACGUCUUCGCAUUCGUGCAGUUGCAUUUUGCAACAAGUGAUACACUUAGUGCAGAGGAUGAUGAUCAUCAUCAUUCUAACAAUUAUGUACUAGCAGCUCCACCAUCACUAGUAGUAGUAGAUGUAACGAUCCUCAUUUAUUUUCGCUUUCGCACCCAGAGGUUAUGCUAGGUCAUGCAUGAUCGAACAAAAAGCACUCUAUCAUCGCUUUAAUCCUUAGGGCGUCUGCCAUGGUCGCAUCUCGCCGUCCACGGUGGUAUUGACCUCGAAGCUGCCGGAUGCAGUACCGAAGCUGGCAGAAGUGGGCCUGUCAGAUAUCUUUCGACCAAACCCUCCAAGCACCUCGACGUCUUCAGGUUCUUUAGGGGUAGGAAAACAGGAUUCUUUCCUUAAUCCCUCCGUUACUACUUAACUAGUGUAGUUCUACUCUCGCAAAAUCCAAUUCAAUUGGUUGAUUUAGGUAGUGACGAUCGCGUGCCACUUGUCCUAGGCACUGGUAGAAUUGAAUUUGUCUCCGCAGAGAAGACGAAAAUGAUGUCAACAAGGAGGUACUAAUCAAAACCAGCUCUAGUUAGUAGAGGUUAAAGUUCUCAUCACAUUCGCAGCUGAGCGGAGUCCUAUACCUAUUUUAUCGUAGAGUUCUAAGUCAGAUCGAAAACAGCCUCGCUUCUGACUACUUCGAGGAAACAGGUACAGGGGUGCCUGCGUCAGCGCUCUCAGGUUUCGAGUCGCUACAGGUAUUUUAGAACUUCUCUGAAUCUAAAUGUAUAACAAGAUAAGUGCCAUUUUUACCUCCCCCUUACUAAGUUCGCCUGUGUACAGUCUAGGCAGGUAUUGCCUCAUCGAGACUCUCAUAGUACUACAACGACGAUUUUCAAUUACAACUAGGGAGAGUGUCAAGAACUGCAGAAAAAUUUUCUAUCCCUCCAUCGAAUCAUCUUUUUAGCAAUUGCGAGAUCCGAGUGGCGAAGCAAGUGUUCACGAUGACUUGUGGUCAAUCGGUGUGCUUGCCUAUUUCACGCUUGUUGGCCGAAAUCCUUUCGAUUUUGAACAAGGAGGUGCAGCCUCCUCAUCAGGCGAGGACGUUGGUGAGCGGGAAUUUAAGAGUCGGGGACGCCCAAGUCUCUCGUCCAGUAGGGAUACGCCAGCCGUUAUUUACGACAACAUAGUAGAUGCAAAUCCAGUCUUAUAGAUGCAUAUCCAGUACUAGAGAGUGAGUCUCUACAACUUGUUGAGCAGGACUAGAUGGAAGGAAAGAGGGUCCGUAUUUUUUAGCACGACUUCAGACAGUGAAUAUUAGGGAGGCAUGAGUUUCACCACAACUUCACUGAAAGAAGAAGUACUACACCUUUAAAUCCUUGUGGGAACCGGCCGCGCGUCUUCUUCUUCGCGUGCACGGUUUGUGGCUGAGAACCUGCCUUUGAUCUUCUGGGAAGAGGAUGCUUGGGAGAGUCGUACCAAAGCUAGCCGGGAUUUUAUUCUAAGAUGAUCAUGACCAUGACAGUGUCAUAGAAAUACUGUCAGCCCACGUCUCUACGGUCAUCAUGAACGAUGGUAAGAGGGACAAUUGCAUGCAGUGGGUCUAUUUCCUUAUAAGUACUUGAUGCUCGUUUUUUUCGGCUCUAUUCUCACGCUUGCCAGUGUCUAUUAUAUGUGUUAGAAAAAAUUUUUACGACGACGACGACCACGUACUUUGAGUUUAUUUCGACCAUAAGAAUGGUAAAUGGUAAUUAGUACAAUCUACUCUGACUAUUCUAACUCUCCGUCGCUUGGUCUGCAGUGAUCGGAAGGAGCAGUUCAAAUCUGCAGCUGAGGCGCUGAAUUCUGAGUGGAUAAGCGAAAUGGGCAAGGAGUUUUACAAGAUCCCGCCUGAACAGCUCAAAGCCAACCCGCAACUUGCAUUGCGAAGGUAAGAAGCAAGAUGCUGAUCAUGCCAAGAACAACUAGAGUUGUAACCACGACUUUCCUCUUGAAUCAUGGAUGUUGAUAGUCAAGGUAUGCACCUCCUGCGCUAAUAUUCUGUCUUACUGUAACUGUAGAAGUAGUUGACAGGAGCACCUGUUGUUGUAGUUUUUUAACACGUGGCUGCCGAUCAUCAUGAGAACGAAGCAAGUUGAAUACCUCUCUUACAACAGUGCAGCAUACUGCAUGAGUCGAUGUCGAACUUCCUAGGUUAGUUAGCUUACUGCAUAUUAGAUAACGAUCAAUAUAGUUACCGUAGGCCCAAAAAAUUCUGUUGAAUAACAACACCAGGAACGUCUCGCGUGAUCGGCCAUUUGAGUUAGCAAUUACAACCGGCGGGUUGAUUUUGGCGGUUUUGCGUUCUGAGCCAAGUGUCUUGGAUAUUGCGCGUAACACUUUUGCUGCUGCGGAUAGUGACUCAGAUUUACGGGUAGUGGAGGUAGUGCCGUGUCAUCUAUCAUCCAAGAGUUCUUUCAGGCUGCAUCAUGAUCCUGUUGAGCGGAAAUUACAUAGUACUUAAACUAAUCAUGGAGACCAACAACAAGAAUAUUCACCGCAUCGUUGCGACGGUCAUUGUUCGUGAAGUUCAAUGCAUGUGCUGAACGACUACACGCGACGUCUAUCUAAUAAUGGGCUACCUGUACGUGACCGACGCUGCACAUGUGUUGUGUAGCAUAUUAGAGAGGACAGCAAAGCCGUCAGAGCCAUCUGGAUUCGAGUCCCUCUAUUCCCGGCAAGAAUCUCGACCAAGCGCUGAUGAGGGUACUACUUGUUCAGUACUAAAAAUUGUACUAGUUCUAGUUAGCACUCAGAAAUAGCGAGCACUUGUACUUGAUCAUGGAUAAUAUAAGCCUUAAAGUUGAAGGAUGAUAGCCUGAAGUAGAGGUACGCCAGCAAUGAUGACUCGUAGAUGAUGACACAACACCACGACGUCGGGAACGAUGACUCGUAGAUGACACAACACCACGAUGUCGGGAACGAUGACUCGUAGAUGACACAACACCACGAUGUCGGGAGGUAUCUUAACAACAAUUACAAUCAAUCAUCUAUGUUGAUUCUUCUUUUGAUUUUUCUCUUCUGUCUAUUGAUUCGACAUAGUUGUGACGCUUCUGCGCAAUAUGUGUGGAUGCACGACUGUUGUCGACCUGGGGGAAGCAAUUGCGGCCCUCGCUUUAGUUCGGGAGUCGGAUUUGCUCAAUGUUGGCCGACUCCCGAUGGAUCAGGCAUUGGAUACAGUGUGUGCCAGACUCUUCGACGUUUUGAUGAUAGAGGCAGACGCCGAAACUCGUGCCAGUGUACCGAAAAUAGAAAAGACUACACCUGUAUUGGUGGAAAAAGCCGUCGCUGGGCCAGGGGUAGUAUUUCAACUACCUCCCACCUUUUAAUAUCUACCUCCACAUAAUUUUAGCUUUUUUUACUCGAUCAAGUAUAAACAUGAUCAUCUCUGACUCUGGAGCAUUGCAUUCCUACCACGCAUUAUCUUAGGUCUAAACUAGAAGCGCGGCAGGUGGACAUUUUCACUAUUUCACUUUCAUCACAUGAUGAGGCAUAGAUAGAUUUUCAUCCAUACCAUCUUCAUUGAGGUCCGUUUGCAGACAGUGCUGAGAGGCAAGGGGACUUCGAACGUAGUGCGACAACUAGAGCAGUACGCAUCCCUAGACUACAAGCGCUUUCUGUUACGGCUCAAAGUGUUUCAUUUCCAAAGGUUCUUUUUCUUAGUUUCCUACUGGGGGUUCUGAGACAAAGUAUCCAAGAAAUGAAACGUUUUGACCUUGUUCAAUUCUGCAAGCCCUGCCGAAGGGGGAGGUGCGUGGUGGUCCAGAACUUGCCAAAGCCUUACUACGGCAUUCUGCCGCGGGUCGUGCAAUUACCGCCUACAAAAAGGACAGAGAUGAGGCGAAAUUUGACCCGUAUUAUUGUUCGUGACACAAGGCGAUAGUGAGCGUAGUAAGUUUGGUCCUCUCUUUAAGGGUUGUGUUGUAACAUGAACCUAAAAACUUUCGUGAGGUCAUAAAACCUAGUGAGUUUCGAAAGCUAGGAUACUACGACAUUAUUUUCCAACACUAGAUGCAGUUGACCAUCGACCUUCAGAUUGAGAAGUUGGCACCACGUCCCAGGUAUGCCUCGUGGGAUCUCAGUAGCAACUCGUUGCUGCAUAAGGUGUCAGCAUUUAUCAGAGGCGGGGCUCGUGCUUGGUUAAGCGAGGCGUUUGGAGACAGUGACCAGCCUCCAAUGGCGAGCUUUCUCUCGACACUAGGCGUAGGAGGUUGCCAGGAUAUGACAUUGGCGGCGAGACAGAGUAUUCAGACCGGAUUCGAAUCUAUGGUCCUGUGGUUUCCCUACUAGUUCGUUGUAGUUGUAUAAUGUGCUGUACUAGUUGGAGGAAAUGGAAAUCAUGUCCAGAAUUUUCCUCUCCCGAACCCAAUCUUCCACUAUGCUCGAGGUUUGAUGAGUGCUCUAUGUGGUUGUACUAAAACAAUAUCGAUGUUGGAUCUCCUUGUGGUCUAAGUUCUGUGUUGCGGGCGUUAGUGGCGAAGGCUUCGCACAAAACGCAGUCCUCCGAAACGGCGGAGAAGCGGCCUCGUUCGCGACAGAGUGGAGCGCUAGCGGCUUUGCCUCCCCGGACGCUGUCGGCAGAUCUUCGCCGCUAUUCACGCGAUUGUGAGGACUUGAGUUGGUACGGUCACUACAACAGGAGAUUUAAUUGGAAUCAUCAUACUGGACCUACAUGUCCAUGUGCUAAACGUACGAACUACCUCCUAGAUUGUUGAUCCUAGAAUCCUAGAAGAAACCUAUUCCUGUGUAUGGCAAACGAAACAGGUUCAAGUAAGCAGAAACCGAAUGAAGAAACCACAAAAUGAACUCUUGUUAUUAAGAAUAGACUGUGAUUGAAUUCUUCUCAUUGAAGACACUAAACUCUUGACAAACUUCGUAUUGCUCUGUAGUUGUAAGUAAAUCUACAGUUCUUAUGCUGACUGGCUAAGCUAGAUUCAUCCUCAUCAUGAAUGAUCAUGGUCCUUUUUUCUGAUGAUAUGAAAUCAAAAAUGUUUGCAUAAAAUGUAACCUGGAUAAUGAAAAAUAGUACCCGGAUUCGUUGGGUUCGGAUGAUACUUGUCUGAAUACAUGUUGAAUAUUGCGAUGGCUACGCAGCUGCUUCGAUGGUGAUCAUGUGCCCCUUUAUUCUAUUCGAAAACUCAAAAUAAGCGAGCUACUGACUGAAAUAAGAGAGUCUUGACUACGUUCCUCUUCUUUCAGUAUCUCCCUUAUUUUCAAUAGUUGCUCGGUUAUUUCAGUUUUUCGAAGUAAGAAAGCAAUGCAUUUUAGUUUAGAAUGUCACUGCUUGGAGACGACGUCUCCCCAUGCAUCCCUACACGUAACGGCACAAGAGUUGGCUCUAUGUCAUUUGCGAUGUUGUACAACAACAGGUACAGGGGGCCAAGAAUAACUUCACUUUUUGAUGAACUGACGCUGAACGAGCUGAACAACAAACUCCAGAUCAGAUGACAAUGAAC